AACUUUGCUCUCUGUGUCAGUUUCCCUCUCACAGGUUGAGUCUCACCUGCUGAUCCAGGAAGUGAAGCCGUGGUCCACCACCGAGUCAUCAGCUGCCCCAUCAGGUUAGCGACACUAACAUGGAUGUUUGCUGGAAUUUCCUGCUCAGCCUUUUCAUCAUCUGGACCCGCCCAUACGGAGCUGUCACACAGGAGCUUAAGCUGGAACCGAUGAACUCAUAUGUGCUUCGAGACUCAGAUGUUGGAUUCAGAGCCAUGGUUCAGGGGUCUUGGGUGAUCAUGACAUGGUUCGUCAAGGAGACUCAGGUCCUUACAGUCCGUGCUCCCGCUGAAGUCAUCCCAUCAUCGGACCUGUAUUCUGCCAGGAUCUGCUCUACUGAGGGCCCGAACUGUGUUGACUUCACCAUGCAUAACGUCACACGUGACCAGGCUGGUCCAGUCACCUGCAACGUACAGGGACCCUACAAGCCUCAGACAGCACAGCUGCAUGUACAAGAGAGCGGAACAGUCAGCAUUCCAGGUGGGAAUGUGACAGCGAUCCAGGACCAGCUGGUGGAGUUCCAGUGUGUAACAACCUCCUGGUUCCCGGUACCUUCUGUCAGCUGGAGCCAAAACGAUCAUGCUGUGAACAGCAGCCUCUACAACACCAGCAGCACAGCUGAGGGAGAGGUCUUUACCUCCACCAGUACGCUCAAAAUCCAGGCAGUCAGCAACACUCAAGUUGAAUGCAUCGCCACCCUUCCAGCUCUAAAAACCCCCAAAUCCAGCUUUGUCUUCAUGCAGAUUGCUCCCAAGCCCACUGAUUGGACGGUGCUGAUAGCUGUGGUCGUGUCAUUUGGAGGUUGUGCUCUGCUGGUUUUGUUUGUCGUUGGAAUCAUCUUCUGUUACAGACGCAGAAAAGAAAAAAUGCCAAUUUACCAAAAUGAAAUGAAGAGAGUCACGACCGAGAGCCAGUCUAGUCCCAGAGCAGAUGAACAGAGAAACGGCCAUGUCAACCCGUCGUAUGUGCCAGAAGAUCACACCAGAGUAACUCCAAAUCUUUUCCUAAGUGUCCAAAACAACUUGACGAAGAUCGGACGUGUUAUGAAGAUCCAGACAGAAAACAUGGACAGUAACACCAUCAGCACUGCCUCUGACUCCAGCACUGUGAAGCACAGACAUGCCACCAUCGUAUAAGCUCCAUGUGAAGGUCUUCAAACCUGCAAACCGGGUCAGGGUCAUCAAGUCCAGAGACGACUGAACUACAGCGGAGCUGAAGUUUAAAGACACCACGGAACAUUCCACAUGUUGUGCUUUCCUGUGAAUAUCUACAAAAGAAAAAUGGUAAACUUGUACGGUUCUACAACCCCCAAGGCGCUUCACAACACAGUCAUUCACACAUGUAGCUACAGCUGCCCUGAGGCGCUCUGACAGAGGCGUGGCUGCUGAUUACAGACUCCCUCUGACCACCACCAGCAGGCAAGUGCCUUGCUCAAGGACACAACAACAGCAUCCUCUGUCUGGAGUCGGGAUGGAACCUGUCUGGAUUUCAAAGUUAUUGAUACCAUAACAACUGUGAUUGAUAAUAAUUUUGAAUGUUUAAUGUUUAACAAUUGAAAUUAUUAAGGAAAAAAAGAAAAAUAUACUAAUUAGUUGUGUUUAUAGAUCCCCAGGCUCUAAUAUAGUCAUUUUUAAGGAUUGGUUGGAAGAGGCUUUUUCAAAAAUUAAUCAAAAAGUUGUUUAUAUUUGUGGGGAUUUCAAUAUCAACCUGCUCAACCCAAAGAAACAUAACAUGACAGAAGAAUUUAUUAGCACAAUGUACAGCAUGAGCUUAUAUCCUAAAAUUACAUAACAUGCCAGAAUUGAGACACACUGUGCUACUUUAAUUGAUAAUACAUUUACCAAUGAUAUUGAAAACAAUGCAAGAAGUGGAUUUUUAAUUAGUGAUAUCAUUGACCACCUGCCAAUCUUUGUAGUUUCUGAGGAUAACUAUCAGAGAUAUCAGCAAAAGAAAAUUUUAAUUCAUAAAAGGAUAAAGUCACAGGAAGCGAUUAGAGCUCUGAGGGAGGAUUUGGGGGCACAAAACUGGAACAGCGUGUAGAGAAACUGAAGUUGACAAGGCAUAUGAUACAUUUUUAACAAUAUUUAAUACAAUUUAUAAUCAGAACUGUCCAGUUAUUCUGAUGAAUGUAAAGCAAAAACAAAUAGAUCAACCAUGGAUGAGUAAAGGACUAAAGAACGCUUGUAAAAAGAAAAAUAAAUUGUAUAAAGAUUUCUUAAAGCAAAGAACAGAAGAGGCAGAAUCUAAAUAUAAAAAAUAAAAAAAUAAGUUAAGAAAUAUUAUUAGAAAAAGUAGGAAGGAAUACUAUAGUAAAAGGAUAGUUAUAUAUAAAAACAAUAUAAAAAGAAUAUGGGACACACUAAACAAUAUUAUUUAAAAAAAUCAGUCAAGACAGCCUAAUCACCCAGAGUAUUAUUUGAUAAUAAUAGUAAGAUAGAAAAUAUGGGGAUUUAAUAACUUUUUUGUUAAUAUUGGGUCGAACGUGGCAAAACAAAUACCGGAUACUUUGUCAAUGGACAACAGUACUAAUAAUUUGAUCGAGCAAAAUCCCUGUUCUAUGUUCCUCACAGCAGUGGAAGAAAUGGAGAUCAUAAAUUUAGUAAAUAAAUGCGAAAGUAAAAUAUCAACUGAUUAUAAUGAUAUCGAUAGCGAAACAAUGAAAAAUGUUAUUGGGGGUAUUGUAAAACCACUUACUUAUAUUUGUAAUUUAUCAUUUCUUACUGGAACAUUUCCAAACCAGAUGAAAAUAGCUAAAGUGGUGCCACUGUUCAAGACUGGAGAUAAACAUAGCUUCACUAAUUACAGGCCUGUUUCAUUACUAUCACAAUUCUCAAAAAUACUAGAAAAAUUGUUUGGUAAAAGAUUGGAUUUAUUUUUGGAUAAAUGUAUGAUAUUAUCAGAUAGUCAGUAUGGCUUUAGAUCUAAUAGAUCAACUUCAUUAGCAUUAAUGGACACAGUUGAGGAAAUCACAAAUGCAAUAGAUCGUAAACAUUUUGCUGUGGGAAUUUUUUUGGAUCUUCAGAAGACCUUUGACACAAUUGAUCAUAACAUUUUAAUUAACAAAUUAGAACGGUACGGGAUUAGAUACGAAAAAAGUAACUUUAAAUAUUCAACCAAAAAAGAGGCGAGCUGAAGAAAACCUAGGGAAAACUGAAGAAACGUGAGCAACGUGAAGAAAUCACAGCGAGAUCCGUUACUGUCUGUGUGUGUGCGUGGAUGAACCGAACGGACUGAGCUCCCGGCCGGCUGCAGCUUUGUGUGUAGGGUGUUGGUCCUGAAAGACCAAGACAGGUUCGGAGCGAUUGGAGAAAAACAUGUCUGCUUCUGAGUUGAUGUUGGAAUCAAAAAACCAGUCAAAAUAAGUUUCACCGCUGCAGAGGGAGAACACACAACUCUCAUGCAAGGACCCCGACUUGCUCCAGCAGCUGCUAGAAGUGUUCUGAUUUCUCAGUUUGAGACGGCUAGAUUUAUUCACUCAAGCAGGGAGGGGUCACAUGUGUGUACGAGGUUAAGUUUGAACAAUUCUCUAAACAGCAGACUUGCAGCCUUGAGAUAUGGUUAAACAGGAUGGCUACUAUCUCAACAGAGAACAGGAACCUAUUCACGCUGUGUGCAGAAAAACACCCAAGAGGAGGGGUGAGCAGCAGAUAACAGGAACAUCUGGAGUGUCUAAUGAACUGCAGAGUCAGAUUCUCAUCACACACAUUACCAAUGAUUAUAUGUUCUCUUGUGUUCAUUUAGCAGUAAGUAUUAUUAACAAGGGAGGGGCGGGCGCUCUAUGUUACUGGCCAAUCACAGAGCGUGAAGACAGUCAGUUACCCAAUGAGGAUUUUCCUUCAGCACGAUCACAGAUAUUUACGAGUUUUACUCGUUUCAUGCUCGUAUUCGACAAAAAUGCUUUAUCCGUACCGGAUACUCGUCUGAAACGAGUAUCCAGCUACUGACGUUGUUCAAUUCUUGACAUUACAAAUAAUAUAUAAAGCUAAUGACAAACUACUCCCUGGUAAUACACAAAAGUAUUUCUUAUAUAGAGAUAAACAAUAUAAUUUGAGAGAGGAAUGGAAUUUAAAAUGCCCGUCUGUGCGAACAACAGUAAAAAGUCAGUGCAUCUCUAUAUGUGGGGUAAAAUUAUGGAAUGGAUUAAAUAGUGAUUUAAAGCAAUGUCCAAGUAUGACCCAAUUUAGAAAGUGGUACAAAAAUAUGGUCUUCAUGAGGUACAGGGAGGAAGAGGGAUUUUGACUCAAAAAGAUCCAAUGAGUGGUGUGAGGGUGUAAGUGUACAAAAGAAAAUGGGGUGUGUUGUAAGUAUGUGUAGUAGUAUGGAGCUAGGAUUGGGACAAUAUUCAGCGUAACUUGUACCAAGUUUUGUAACUUCGAACAUGUGUCAUCACAUGUAACUUUGGAUUCAUAACUUGUAACUUUGGAUUCGUAACUUGUAACUUUAGUUUUCUAACUUGUACUUCUCAAUUCGUACUUGUAUUUCUUGUUUUGUAACAGGAACGUUGUAUUUUGUACAUGUAUUUUUUAUUUUGUAAAAUCAAACUUUUAUUUUGUACAUUUACUACUCAUUUUGUAACAUCAAACAUUCAUUCAGAAACGUGAAACUUUCGUUUUGUAACUAGCAGACUUCCAAAAUAAUAAAAAAUCUUUGUACAAGUU